UGCAUUAGCAGUGUGCAGGGGCGGACUGACCAUUUGGAAACUCGGGCACUACCCGAGGGCCCGGGGUCAGUAGGGGGCCCCAUGAGAUGCCCCUGGUAUCUUUUUGAUAGUCUUUUUUGAGUUUGGGCAAGGACACAGGGUCCACAUGAUCCCCUAUUGCCCGGGGGCCCCAUGAGUUGUCAGUCCUCCCCUGGCAUCUGCCCCUGGACCUGACCUUACUUCUUGCCUACUGUUCCAAUACAUCUUUUGCUUGC